CGCGGCAGCCGCAGCGAAGAGACCGGAGCGGCGUUGCCCGAGGCAGGUACGGUGUCGUCGGUUAUGUUUGUAAAUGCAAGGUGUCGGGUGGAACGGGUUGACAGUUGAAGAUUUUAACGGUUUCUCGACGAAGCGAGGCGAAACUAGGUCGGGUUGCGACGUUAGAUAACGAAUAGGUUGGACACUAGAGCCUGGGAAGAGUGUGUAGGCCUAGUUUUUCCGCGCACUUUGCUGACACAGCAAGCGGGGGUAUAGUCUUCUUCCUCCCGGUAGGUCGACCACUGCUGGUCCAGGUCCCUCUCCGACACCCGCUUGUAGCUCAGAGAGGUACACAACUGUCACCCUGGCAACCUAAAAUCCGAUGUAACGUUAGCCAGCUAGAUGAUGUUCUUCUCUUUCAGGUGCUGAAGCGAUUACAGCAGGAAAGAUGGCGGACGACCCUAACGCGGCAGACAGGAACGUGGAGAUAUGGAAAAUCAAGAAACUGAUUAAAAGUUUGGAAGCUGCCCGUGGGUAAGUGGUUGAAUACCGGUGUGUGCAUAAUGUGUCUGCCUGGGUGUCGAUAUGCCGAAGUGAAUGGACCGUGUGAUAAUAGCUGGAUUAGUGAGGCCAAAUUUGGGAGUGGUAGUUUAGCUAUGGUAGCCGGUUAGCUUGCUAACACAGCCAACAUUGUAAUUAACGUUAGGUGCCACCAGUAUUCGAUGUUGAUCGUAUAAUUAUUAUGGUGAUUGCCGUGUUAUUUGUACCUAGCUCGGUUGUUUGUAUGUGCUGAUGUCCGGCUUAACUAGUUAGUUACAUGUUGUUAGCUAACGUUACCUAGCUGAAAACGCCGGCUUCCGUGGAUGGGGUCUAGAUUAACAGCGUGUUGGUGCGGUUAUCACAUUGACUCCGGUAUGUUCCCAUAUGCUGCGAUAGACUUAGCAGUUAGUAGCGACGUUGGCUUGCUAUCAACAUAUGGCAUUGAGCAUGUCUUCUAUUUGGGAGUGGAAAGCUUAAAUCUAUACUCUGAGUAGCAAGCAACAGUCAAUUGCCGCGUCCUAUUCUUCCUUUGGUGACAAUGUGUAACUUUAGUUAACAAGCGGUCAUCCAUAUUCAUUUAGAUAAGUAGUUGACAGAGAUAGCUACGUGGCUUCCUUCGGAUGUGACUAGGCAAAGGGGACUACUUUGCCCCCGAAGUAUUCUUGUUGUCCACUGAUGCAGAAUCGACUGUCCUCUGCUAGCGUUACAUUUCAUUUACAUUUUAGUCAUUUAGCAGACGCUCUUAUCCAGAGCGACUUACAGUUAGUGAGUGAUACAUUAUUUUUUAUUUUUCAUACUGACCCCCGGUGGGAAUCGAACCCACAACCCUGGCGUUGCAAACACCGUGCUCUACCAACUGAGUUACGUCCCUGCAAGGUUGACCAUUUGACCUAUAUUCACAAGCCAGCUAGCUACCUGUGUGUAUGCAGCGUCAGCGUGUAUAGUGAAUGCAGACAAUGUGGCUCAGUGGAACUUCAGCGCAGUCUUUGGUGUCAAGGACAGAGCUUGUUGUUCGGUAUGAAAACUGUGCCCCCCUCCCUCACCUUUCAGAUAGUGGAAACUGGGAAGGUAAUGUUUGGUGGCCAAUGGUGUCAGAUAUUGUCAAUGUUUAAGGGUGUCUGUGUCACACAAAGGUAGAAAUGGGUCAGGUAAUAUUAGAGAAUGAUUGGAGGGGGCUGAUGGGUGGAAGAUUUGUUUUGAUUGUGGAAGCGUAUUCCUUUCUUUCAGAGAUUGAGAUAUGACUAAGACAGUAUUAUUUACACAGACUGUGAAUGUGUGUGUUUAUGUUGUGUCUAACCAUCUCUCCCUCUCUCCUCAGUAAUGGAACUAGUAUGAUCUCGCUGAUCAUCCCCCCUAAGGACCAGAUCUCCAGAGUGGCCAAGAUGUUGGCUGAUGAGUUUGGCACGGCCUCCAACAUCAAGAGCAGAGUCAACAGGCUCUCUGUGCUCGGGGCCAUCACCUCUGUACAGCAGAGACUAAAACUAUACAACAAGGGUGAGUGACUGUCAUUGUGUGUGCUUGGAGCCUUGACCUCCUCAUAGCAGACUCCAAAGCUACAGCAAGGGUCAGUCUGUUCUUUGUUGUGUGUAUUUACUAUGGGUCACUGGGUCUUGCCUGUGUUGACUGAAAAGCCCUGUGUCUCUCCUGCAGUGCCCCCUAAUGGCCUGGUGGUGUACUGUGGAACCAUCGUGACAGACGAGGGCAAAGAGAAGAAAGUCAACAUUGACUUUGAGCCUUUUAAACCCAUCAACACCUCCCUGUACCUCUGUGACAACAAGUUCCACACUGAGGUAGGAGCUCAACUAAUGUAUGUCUGUCUGUCGCAUGUUGUCACUAGUGUCUAAUUGUCUCUACUGUAAUGGAAAUGCCCUCUGUCUUUCUCUCUCUCUCUCUCCAGGCGUUGACGGCCCUGCUGUCUGAUGACAGUAAGUUUGGCUUCAUAGUGAUAGACGGUAGCGGGGCUCUCUUCGGGACGCUGCAGGGGAACACUAGAGAGGUGCUGCACAAGUUCACUGUGGACUUGCCCAAGAAACACGGUACGCUCCGCACAUCUCACACAGACACACAUACACGCAGACAUAAGAACAAGAACAUUACAGAUGUUAUUCCCCAUCAAUACCCUUUAGUCACUACAAUUUCUCUCUCAGGCAGAGGAGGUCAGUCUGCUCUGCGCUUUGCCCGUCUGAGGAUGGAGAAGAGACACAACUAUGUGAGGAAGGUGGCUGAGACAGCUGUCCAGCUCUAUGUGGCCAACGACAAGGUCAACGUGGCCGGAAUGGUCCUAGCAGGGUCUGCCGACUUCAAGACUGAGCUCAGCCAGUCCGACAUGUUCGACCCUGUAAGUGUGUGUGGUUGAGAUAAUCCAUGGUUUAUGCUGCAUUAAUCCUUACUGUGAUCAGUUAAUCCUUUGUCGGGCUGAUGCUUUUGGUGUAAUUCCUCUGUGAUUUUCUGAUUCUGAGUGAAUCAAGCAUUUCACGGCACACUAACCCCUGUUGUGUGUGUGCAGAGGUUACAGGCGAAGAUUCUGAAGCUGGUGGACAUCUCGUACGGAGGGGAGAAUGGCUUCAACCAGGCCAUCGAGCUGUCGGCCGAGGUCCUCUCUAACGUCAAGUUCAUCCAGGAAAAGAAGCUCAUAGGUCUGUUUGUGGCACGUUGAGGUUAGAUUUUGGGUUAUCCCAGCGAAUGUGUGUCUGUUUGUGUUAGCUGUUUUUGUUAGGGUUAGUGCAGAUUGUUUCCUUGUGAAUGGUCAUGAUAAUUAGUGUGAUGAUGAUUGCUUCCCUUUCUCCAUCCCCAAUCACUAAAACAAUUUCUUGGACCCUUUAUUCCUCUCUUCUCCUCCAUUCUCGCUCGCGCUCUGCAGGACGGUACUUUGAUGAGAUCAGUCAGGACACAGGGAAGUACUGUUUCGGGGUGGAGGACACACUCAAAGCCCUGGAGAUGGGGGCUGUGGAGAUCCUCAUCGUCUAUGAGAACCUAGACACCAUGCGCUACAUCCUUCGCCUGCACGGGGCUGAGAGCAUCGGAACAGAGAACGGUACACACACGCACUCCCCAUGUGCAGUAUAUCCUCUGGCACCAUGAAGUAGAACUGAGAAGAGAACGCUACACACAUGGUUUCUCAUUCCCUGUCUUCAUUGUGCUUUGUGUUUCAGAUGAGAAGACUCUUUAUUUAACACCCGAGCAGGAGAAAGACAAGUCCCACUUCACAGACAAGGAGGUAAGCCCUGUUCUCUAUCCCUUGUUCUCACACGCAGGUACACACACACAGCGGUUGCCUUGACAACACUUUCUGUCCCUGAACCCAUUCGGGUGGUUUAAUUUUUGGUGUUGACUUGUUAACAUUUCUUUGCUCUCAAACCUGUCCAUUUGGUGUGUGUGUGUGCGCGUGCUCGCAUGUUCACAGACGGGGCAGGACCACGAGCUGAUUGAGAGCAUGCCUCUGCUGGAGUGGUUUGCCAACAACUACAAGAAGUUUGGAGCCACGCUGGAGAUCGUCACAGACAAGAGUCAGGAGGGGUCUCAGUUUGUCAAGGGCUUCGGAGGCAUCGGGGGUGAGUCCACACCAACCAGUUGUUGUUAUAGGAUUAUAACAUGGGUGUCUUUGUUAUGGUCAUGUUGUGGUGGUAGUUCACAGCAUGUUAGCAUGAGAUCAACUUCAUAAACCUAAUAUUAGUAAUGACUCUUCAGUCCCGCAACAGUCUUUAUCUAGAUAAUUGACUUUUUCUUUAUUUCUCGCUUUCAGGAUGCUUGCGGUACAGGGUGGAUUUCCAGGCCAUAGAUUACCAGGCAGAGGAUGACGAGUUUUUUGAUUUAGAUGACUACUAGGUAGUCAGGGACUGAAUAGGGGAGAAAGAAGGAAAAAAAG